AUGGUCGCAAAGGCAAAGGAGUCGCCUUUGUCGAUAACAGUUUCUUCCAACACUUUAUUUGACAAUAGUUAUAUGCAGGGUCUCUUGAAGGAUCUGACUGCGCUGUCUAGGAACUGGGUCGCUUUGGAAGCUGGGCUCGAUUUCAUGUCAUUUUUUCGUUGGAAGGACUUGUAUAGGAACCUGGAAGAGCUUACACUGUUAUCAGCGAGGAAGUUCCACGGAAUUGAAGCUUUUUUCGAUGGCGUUGAUCCUAGCUCCGUAAAUCGCGAUAUCAAGCUUCAUUCUUUUACUGCGACAUCUUUGCCUCACACAUGGAUCCGUGGUUUUUUGGGCCCACAAAUUCGUCGCCUCUCAAUCACAGACGCGUAUGAAAUCCACGAGGAAGGACAGGAGAAGCAAUACACUACUAUUUGGAAUCACAGCAUUAGCAUUUGGCAGACGAUGGAUUUUCUCAAACACGUUCCGUACGCCACGUCAGUUGAGCUAAACGACUUGAAUCACAUCGACCCAAUCGGAUACUCACCACCCGUCGUUCGAAUGCAGAAUUUGCAAAGACUCGAAUUAAAAGGUGUACAGUUCUCGACAAGCAUUCUGUCUUCCAUUUCCGCGCCAUCUCUUCAGACACUGUGCGUGGACAGCGGCACAGAUGCCUGGAACCUGUUUACACCAACAUCUGUAGUACCCAUGGCCUCAUUUUUCUCGCAAUGGAGUCAACCUGGAUUCAUACCCACCCAUUUGCAUACGCUCGACCUUGUCAAUUGUCUCAAUGUUGCAGAUAUCCCUUUCCUCAUUCGAUGGCUGGGUAAACUGCCAAACCUGGUCCGCCUUUUACUGUUGGAUGUCGACAAUAUUCUUCAGCAAGCCGCUUUCCAUGAACAAAACUUAUCCGACAGCUCUCAAAAUGAACAAUUUGACUUCUUACAUGCUUUAGCGCAUCCAGCUUUUGAGAAGGACGGCAAAGGAACGUGGCUCUGUCCUUCGCUGAUGGUCCUUCGAAUAUAUCCAGGGGCGAACAUUGGGGGCCUCAGGUCUAUUGCGCAGGCAAGAGGGGGAGUAGUUCCAUAUUCCUACGACAUUUCUAUGGUUCCUCCUCCCGCUCGACUCAGACAGAUAGAGACGCAACUCUGCUUUAAUGCAGACCGGGAAAACAUCAAUGAACUCGUCUCUCUUGCGGACCAUGUCUAUUGUAGAUGUCUGAGUUGUGGAACUUUGCCUGAUGGUCUAUCGUGGUCGCCGGGUACUACCUAG